AUGAAAAUAAAAAUCGAAAAUUACAAAGACGAAUCUCAAUUACCAAGCAUAAUGAAUCUUAUAACUCAUGAUUUAAGUGAACCUUACUCAAUAUAUGCAAAAGAAGAGGAUAUAAUUGUUGGAGCUAUCAUUUGCAAACUCGAAAAUCAUAAAAAAUGCCUUCGUGGCUACAUUGCUAUGAUAGCUGUCAAAAAAGAAUACAGAAGAAAAGGAAUUGCUAGUAAAAUGGUUGAAAAAGUAUUAUCAAUAAUGAAAGAGAAAAAUACAGAUGAAGUAAUUUUAGAAACAGAAGUAACUAACAAAGAAGCAAUAAUAUUAUAUGAAAAUUUCGGAUUUAUAAGAGACAAAAGACUACAUAAAUAUUAUUUAAAUACAUCAGAUGCAUACAGGUAUAAACUCUAA